AUGAAGCUGAAGUGGACUAAUCUAGGCAUCAUCUUCUUCUUCAUCCUCUCUCUCAUCAUGACUGGCUGUUUUAUAUGGCAGUACAGGCUUCCCAAGGUCAAACUAGUGGCUGAAAUUAAAGUCCAAGAGGUGAAAGAAGAUAAAUUGUGCCCACGUUUCCCAGAGCCUGUGCCAUUGAAGCAUCCCAUACCUGCCCUAAUGGAUGCACUAGAAAAGGUGGAUUCUCUAUUGAGGACCAGCAUUGAUGUAACAGCGCUGCCAACAAUUUCAUGCAUUGUCAUCUAUAAUGACUCUGUGCUGUGGAAUGGGAACUUUGGCAGAAGAAAUGGGAGUGACCCAAAAUCUUCACCACCAAACGAAUACACAGUCUAUAGAAUUGCCACUUUAUCUAAGAUCUUCCCUACUCUUAUGCUGUAUAAGUUGUGGGAGGAUGGUAAAGUGAACUCUUUGGAUGACAAUCUAGAGAAGUAUGUAAAGAACUUCACCAUAAAGAACCCUCUGGGAAAUGGGGCAGCAUUUAAAAGAAAUGGUAAAACACAAUUCCAUUCCUCUAUCACUCUCAGAAGGAUGGCCAGUCAGCUAUCAGGAUUGCCCAGGCGACUUAGAGGGACCAGUCUACUCUGGAACGGCCAGACUCAUGAGGCAAUUGAUUUAUUGCAAGAUGAUAUCCUUGUGGCAGACCCUGGAACAAAAUGCCACUACAGUAAUCUGGCCUUCUCCCUGUUGGCCCACGUCAUGGCAGACAAGGUGACAGGAACAGAUUACGAGAGCUGGGUAUCCAAAAAUAUCCUCCAACCAUUAGGCAUGGAGGACACUAGCUUUGAAAUCACCACAAAAAUUAAGAGAGAGAUGGCAGUGGGGGUUUACCCAAGUGGCCAGCGCACGCCUCUCUAUGACCUUGGUUGGUACCGACCCUCGGGACAGAUGUACUCCACUACGGCGGACAUGGCCAAGCUGAUGAUGGUUCUCCUGGGGGCAUAUAACCAUCGAGUCCUCCAGGAGGACACGCUGAAAACCAUGCUGACACCAAUUUUCCACUGUGACACCAGCUACUUCUCAAGCCAAACAGGCACUCCUUGGGAAGUGUACAAACAACUGGAAUAUGAGAUUAUCCGUAAAGAUGGAGAUCUGGACGGGUAUUCAGCUGUGCUCUCACUUGUGCCACACCUUAAGCUGGGGUUGGUCAUUCUGAUGGCUGGGACUAAGCCUGCUAAUGAAGAUCUUGUAACCAAAUCCUACAGUUAUCUCAUCCCUGCUAUGGAGCAGGCUUUCAGAGAUGCACCUCAUGUCCUCAUACCUCCUCCUGAUCCAGCACCCUAUAUGGGCCUCUUCACCUACAGUAACAUGACCUUCUAUGAAAUCAAAGGAGGCUCAGAUGGCAUAUUGUCAAUGCAGCAGUUUGGACCACCUGUGGAUGAAAUGGUUCCUUUGGAUUAUAGCACUUGGAGGCUGAGUUAUUUAGAGGAGCGGGUGUUCAAGGUGGUGUUUGAGAAGGAGUAUCCAUGUCAGCUGAGGAUCAGGAACACUUCUGUUGCAAUGGAGUCUCAGGAUAGGCAGCUGUUAAACUUUUACAUAUUCAGUGAGAAUGGCCUUGCACCUGGAUUUGAUGUACCAGGCCUGAACAUUUACAAUGUGAUGCGAAUAUCACGCAGACCAAUUUUCAACUGA